GGACGCGGGGAUUUGGGGCCGGACUUGUACUUGUUUAGAUAGAGACGUCUGACAUUCUGAGGACCCUGUGCCUCACACGAAUAAACGUUUGAAGGCUGGUCUCACCCGGAAGGGGCGUUCUUUAUCUGAGCGCCCCGGGUUUGUAAAUGGGGAAACCGAGACGCGGAGACGCGAGAGAACCCAGCCUGCGACCAUGCCCGCGGGCAUGCCCUGGUCCACCUACCUGAAAAUGUUCGCUGCCAGCCUCCUGAGCGUGUGCGCGGGGGCCGAAGUGGUGCACAGAUACUACCGGCCCGACCUGACAAUACCUGAAAUUCCACCAAAACUUGGAGAACUCAGAACGGAGCUUUUGGGACUAAAAGAGAGACAGCGCGAACCUCAAAUUCCUCAGCAGUAGAAACCUCAAAAUACAACUAUACUAAGAAUUCUGUUAAUAAUAUUGUAAAUUCUAAAUAUGUAUUUUUGUUUAACUUAUUGAAAGUCCCACUACUUGUCCUUAAGCACCUAACACAAUGUUAACUGCAGGAUGAGGUGCUCAGUAGAUAUAAUGGAUCAAUGAGAUUUAAUUAGUUGGCUAAUAUUUCUUGAAAAUUGCCAGAGUUUAUUUCACCAGCUUCCUGAAUGUGGCUUGAAAGGUAGUCUUGACUAUUAUGUGAGAUGGAAUAUUACAAGGUCUUGUGCCAUUACAAUUCCAGUUUAUUUCUCUGAGUAAGCUUUGACUAUAAUGGUGAAUGGAAAUUAUAAAUUAACCAUAAUAAAAAUGACAUUGACAAUGAAAAAAAAAAAAAAAAAGAUAC